UAUACACACAAAUGUAAAUAAUGUAGAAACAGUAGCAGCGGUGUGUUGCCGGUUAUUGUUGGUUACGUUGUUGUUGUUGUUGUUGUUGUUGCUAUUGGUGCCGGUGCCGGUGCUGGUCGGUGGUGGUUCGCUGGUUGAUACAUUGGUGACACUGCUGGUGCUGCUUGCUGGCCAUUGGCCAUUGCUGACUUGCUGGUGCAGUUGGGACUUGGGACCAGUUGGAUGCAGUUCGAGGCAUUGAUGAUUCUUGAUUCUACCACAGAUAUCGUUGCGAGAAUAGCUUUUGUAGAUUUUUAGUCCUAUCUACGUAUCUACAUAUAUAUGUACAAACACAUCAACAUAGUACAUACAUACAUACAAUUUCAGUCGUUAUACAUAUAUGGUUGUACGAUUGUUGCAGAGAAGCGAACAACCAUGUAAUCUUUGUACAUGAUUUUUCUGUCGAUGUUGAUCAUCGAUCAUCGAUAUCGAUAUCGAUCGAUCGAUCGAUCGCGUCGCUGCGUCCACGUUCGCUACGCCUCUACGUCGCCACCAGUCGCUACGUGUCGGCGUCAGCCACGCUGUUGGCUGUUGUUGCCAAUCGUUCCUACGUCACUGUGACCACUGUCACUGUCUCGUACAUAGGUUAUGUAUAUUUUCGAAUAAAUUUGACAGAAAAAAAUCCGACUACUUAAAAUGAGUGAAAAAAAUACUAAUACUGCUUUGGUUCGACGAGUAAAUAAAUUACUCGAAUCCAGGGUCGAACACGACAAGGAUACGCUCGAAGCUUUAAAAGAAUUGUCCACGUUCUUCACGGAGAAUACGUUGAAUGCACGCCGAAAUUUACGAAGCAAGAUAGAAAGACGAAGCUUGGCUAUAAACGAAGAAUUUCUGUCUGCCUUUAGAGAAGUCAAAUCUUCCUUGGAUGACGUCUAUCGAGACGUUCUAGCCAUGAACACGGCUGUACAGUGUAUGACAAACCGUUUACAAAGCACUAAAACCCAAACAUCGCAACUCAUCGAUCAAACAACCAAACUGCAAAGUAAAAGCCAAACUUUGUCCAUGCAACACCAAGUUGCUACCGCGUUUGCUAAAAAUUUUCAAUUAAUUCAAUCCGAAUUAGGUAUGCUACACGGAUCCGGUAGAGACUCUCCUAUAACCGAAGAAUUUUUCUCCGUGGUCGAUCGUGUUCAGGAGAUUCAUAGCAACUGUAGGAUAUUAAUGCAGUCAGGAUAUCAAACGUUAGGUUUAGACAUUAUGCAAAGAAUGACACUAUUGCAAGAGUCGGCCCUCGAAAGAUUAUACAGAUGGACGCAGAAUCAAUGCAAAAAUAUUGAAAACGAACGUCUGGCACCGCUAUUAAUUAAAGCAAUGAAUAAACUCCAAGACAGACCAGUUUUGUUUAAAUAUAUCUUAGACGAAUAUUGUUCGACCAGAAGAACUGCAUUGGUAGGAUCUUUCAUAGAUGCGUUGACAUUGGGGGAGGGAUACGGUGGAACACCUAAUCCCAUUGAAAUGCAUGCAAACGAUCCAAAGAGAUAUGUCGGUGACAUGCUUGCUUGGUUACAUCAGGUUAUACCAGUUGAAAGAGAGAACAUUUUAACUCUGAUGAAGGGAUGCGAUAAAACUGACAUAUCCGAUCAAGUUAAACAAUGUUUGAGUAAUAUUACGGAGGGUAUUUGCCAUCCGUUCAAGUCAAGAAUAGAACAUGUUGUUUCCGUGGACGCGCCAGCCACGGUGUUAUAUUCGGUGACAACGCUUCUCAGAUUUUACCGUGACAUAAUUCAGCAAGCGAUUCCCGAUAGCACCCUGAACUUCACGUUAUCAGAUCUAUUGGUACUCAGCGAAAAGAGCUUUCUUAGUAGAUUGCAAAAGGAGACGCGAAUCGCACUUGGCGAACGUGCAGAGCCUCCUGGAACCGAUCUAGUACCAGCUCCAUCCGUUUCGCGAUUGUUAGCACUUCUAAAUGAAAUUUUAUCUGUGGCGAGCAUCGCAGAAGAUAGAGAGAAGGAUAUGCUACAAAUUGUAUCGUGUAUCAUUGAUCCACUUCUCCAAGAAGUGAAUGAAACUGCAUCAAGAUUACCCACGGUGGACAUGGCUGUAUAUCUAUUAAAUUGCAUGCAUCAAAUACAGUCUACCUUAGCAUUGUACGAAUACAUGGAUCAAAGAUUGGAAAGAUUACAGGCCCAAUCUGAUGCGCAAAUCGAUACUCUUACAUCGGAACAGGCGAGCUCUUUGGUAGCUCAUUUAAAUCUUGGAUCCAUCUAUACAAUUUUGCAAGGGCACGAGCAAGGCCCGCUGUCGUCUAUUCUCGGCAUGGAUUCUCUGAGCGUAAAAGAAUUUACGAACAAACUCGAAGCUUUCUUAGUGAUGCCGGACGUAUUGUUACUGCCUCAAAUAAGUUUACUACAAAGCAACAAUCAUCGUGUGAUUACACAGAAACGAUCCUUCGAAGUGAUCGGCGCCAUAUACAAGCAACUAUACGAGGCCUGCCAUGAUCCCAAAAAUUUAUAUCAAAAUGCGAACGGACUCUUUGCGAGGAGCCCGGAAGAUCUUUUAAGGAUCUUGAUUGCCGAGUAAUUAGCCACGAAACACAUGUACAUACAUAACUGUAACAUAAUUUUUAAUAAAUUUUUAAGCUUGGUCUCUCCGUA